AUGGAGUCACUGCUUCUUUGGCUCUGCCUGAGUUUUCACACCCUGACAGUGGACUGGAGGAACGGCAGUGGACUAAUCAUGGCAGCUUCCCACGGGGGCUGCAAGUCGGUGGGUGGAGUCGCUGACUGCCGAGGACAGGACCUUGCAUCUGUGCCCAGCGAUCUCUCACCCUUUUCCCAGACGCUCAUCCUGGAUACCAACCCUCUCCAGACCCUGUGGAACCAUUCUCUCCAGCACUACCCUCACCUGGAGAGGCUCAGCCUGCAGGGCUGCCACCUGGGACGCCUGGGCAGCGGCGCCUUCCGGGAGCAAGCCAAGCUGCGCAGCCUGACUCUGGCUGACAACACGCUGUCAGAGAACUACAAGGAGACAGCCGCUGCUCUCCACUCUCUCCCGCACCUGCGGAAGCUGGACUUGUCUGGGAACUCCCUGACAGAGGACAUGGUGGCCCUCAUGCUCCAGAACCUCUCCUCUCUAGAGGCUGUGUCCCUGGCGAAGAACACCAUCAUGCGGCUCGAUGACUCUGUCUUUGAGGGCCUGGGCCACCUCCAGGUGCUGGAUUUGCAGAGGAAUUACAUCUUUGAGAUUGAAGGGGGUGCUUUUGAUGGCUUGCCUCAGCUUAGGCAUCUCAACCUGGCCUAUAACAACCUUCCCUGCAUUGUGGACUUCGGCCUCACACAGCUGCGCUUCCUCAACGUCAGCUACAACGUCCUGGAGUGGUUCCUGGCAUCAGGGGCCGAGGCCACCUUUGAGCUGGAGACCCUGGACCUCUCCCACAAUCAGCUGCUGUUUUUCCCGCUCCUGCCCCAGUGCAGCAAGUUGCACACCCUGCUACUGCGGGACAACAACAUGGGCUUCUACAAAGAUCUGUACAACAGCUCGUCGCCCCAGGAGAUGGUGGCCCAGUUCCUCCUGACAGACGGCAAUGUCACCAACGUCACCACAGUCAACCUCUGGGAAGAGUUUGCAUCCAGCGACCUCUCAGAUCUCCGCGUCCUUGAUAUGAGCCAGAACCAGUUCCAGUACCUGCCCGAUGGCUUCCUGAGGAAGAUGCCUUCCCUCUCCCACCUGAACCUCAACCAGAAUUGCCUGAUGGUGCUCCACAUCCGUGAGCACGAGCCCCCAGGGUCCAUCACUGAGCUGGACCUGAGCCAGAACCAACUGUCUGAACUGAGGUGGGCUCCAGGGACCACCAGCUGCCUGCAGAGCCUCCAGGUGUUCAACCUGAGCUCCAACCAGCUCCUGGGCAUCCCCGCCGGCCUUCUGGCUAACGCUAGCAACCUCACUACAGUUGACAUGAGCCACAAUCAGCUCUCACUUUGCCCCCCUCCAGUUCAUGUCGACAGGACAGGCCCCCCCAGCUGUGUAGAUUUCAGGAAUAUGGUGUCUCUAAGGAGCCUCUCUCUGGAGGGCUGUGGGCUGGGGACCCUACAAGACUGCUCAUUUCAGGGGACCUUCCUCACGCACUUAGACCUGUCCAGCAACUGGGGGAUUCUGAAUUCAAGCAUCACCCCUCUCCAGGAUCUCGGCCCCACGCUACAGGUCCUGUCUCUGCGGAAUGUGGGCCUCAGUUCCAGCUUCAAGGAGUUGGACUUCUCUGGGUUUGGGAAGCUGAGGGACUUGGAUCUGUCAGGAAAUUCCUUGACCAGUUUCCCCAGGUUUGGGGGCAGCCUGUCCCUGCAAAGCCUGGAUCUCCGCAGAAACUUGCUCACAGCCCUUCCCCAGAGGGCUGCGUCUGAGCAGCUGGUGAGGACCCUGCAGACAAUCUACCUCAGUCAGAACCCGUAUGACUGCUGCGAGGUGGAGGGCUGGAAGGCCCUGCAGCGCCUGCCCACGCUGCACAUCCCCGACCUGGCCAUGCUCACUUGCAACCUCUCCUCCCAGAUGGUCCGCAUGGUGGACCUGCCCAGGGAGGUGCCCCGGGACUGUCACUGGCAGCGGCUGGACAUGGGCCUGCUGUACCUUGUGCUCAUCCUCCCCAGCUGCCUCACCCUGCUGGUGGCCUGUACCAUCAUCUUCCUCACCUUCAAGAAGCCUCUGCUUCAGGUCAUCAAGAGCCGCUGUCACUGGUCGUCCAUAUACUGA